AUGAUGAUUUUGCAGGAUGCGCGAACGGCAAUAGCUCGUGCGGCAGCAGUUUUCAUUCUACAUGCCUCAACUUAUGCGCAGGAAUGUGCUUUAUCGAAUAAACGCAAAACAGUUACAGCAAUGGACGUGUUAAAUGCAAUACGUGUAUUGGAAUGUGAAGAGUUAGAAAAAACGGUGAAGGAAGCUGUGGAAGUUUGGAAGACAAACAGGCAACAAAGGAAUGAGGAUGCGAAAAAGCGGAGGUGUGAGCGUGCUCAGAAUGCCGAGCCCUCUGCGGUGGAAGUCCUGGAAAAUGUCUCGCAAAAUAGCGAAACCCCUGUGCUUGGAGGGGCGAAUGCUGGCAGCAGUAUUUCUGAAGAACCUCAGGCAAAGAAGAUGUUACUUGAUGUGGCCAUGGAGCCAGGCAAUGAAGUCUGA